GGAUAGGUCCGAUACUUGACUCGCUUCGCACAGUUGGAGAACGGUGAUGACAUCAAUGGGAAGUUUGCAACUCUGCUCCUGAUGGAUAGGAAAAAAGUUCAGCUACUUCAGUUUUAUUUUCGUUCAAUUCUUAUUUUGAAAAUCUGCUGAUGGUUCCAGGUAUCGCCAGGCAAGUGAAUACAAGUUGAUUGAAUGCUGAUAUUCGCGAACAGUGGAAUAGUAGUUGCGCAUGUGAAGUCACGCGACCCCAAAUUUAAGUGAUAGAAACGAUCCUUUGAAGAAGUCCGUCGUGAAAAUUGAAUAUAUUACGCUGUAUUUUUUGCCACGGAGAUUGUUGUACAAAAAACGAAACACAGCACUAGAUAUAAAAGUAAUAGCGAUAUCAAGAUAACAUUAGUACGCUUUCCGUCAGUAGUUCUACUGUGGUCAGUGGUUGUUGAUAAAACUCCGAUCGAUAACAUCAAGAGGGUGUUCCUUUCGACCGCCCUACGGCUGCAUUCGAUCAUUAUAAUCAAUCAAACGUAGAGAGUAAUAAUAAGAUCAUAAACAUUGAGUGAAAGUGCCCACACCUAGAGCAUUAGAUUCACGGAUUUGGAUUUAUAAUGAACCAGACCCGCGAGUGUGGUGUGUUAUAUUUUUGCACAGCUCCGUUCCGUCGUCAUAGCAUGUUGUGAAAAAGUCGUAUAUCCAAAAGUACUGUUGUGAUGAUUAUUGACCAGCCAAACUAGCAAAACGCACACCAACGAACCGAAGAAAAUAUUAUAAGCAUCAGGACGACGACCAGGUAGUCGUCGACAUCGAAACAUUGUAGCGUAGUGGAUCCACUUCCGGUAGUAGGUUUGAAGUGGUUUUUGGUGAAACUGAAAGACGGACGAUGAUAUCGAGUUCAGCUGUGAAAGGAUAGUCCUUUGUCGCUGACUUCUGUGGCCAAACUUUUCGUUGGUGAAAAUAGUGAACCAUAACAGCCGUACAACAUAAACAAAGCUUCGAUAGAUCUACUGGGUGCAGGCAUUUGUGAAUGUAAAACAAACGAAGACACACCAAUACGGUCUGUGGAGCAAGUACAGUGGAUCGAAAAAUUAUUGGUACGUGCUGUACAAGUUACAACUGACAUAUUGUAGCAGAAAGACAGCCAACGUUGAGCGCCACCAGCAAGGCGCGCCGCGCAACGACGAGUCAAAACGAAAGUGAAUGUGAACGUGACAAGUUCGAAUCGCCUGCGACGACGCACUAAUCUGCAAAAGUGAACAAAUAAUUGCGUUUGUGAAAUUUUAGUGUUUAUAGUGAUAAGGAAGCAAGUGCAAUCCUAGUAGGAAAAUACUAGAAGAGAUCAUGAUUAAAGUUACCAAAACAACCGGGGCGUAUGCGGCCCUGGUUUCCGUUGUAUCUGGAACAAUCGUAUGGUUCAACUUCCGACCGUUGGGAAUCUUCUUCUUCUCUGGUUUGGUGGUGUUUUGGUGUCGGCAGUACGCCAAUCUCCGCCUCCAGAUGACCCCACUGGUCGAGGAUAGGCUUCGACAGUGGGGCCGCCGGGCGCUGGAACUUCGGAACGAGAAGCCUGGCAUGUUCUGUGCGCUCAUAUCGGGCUUCUUGGUUGUGUUGGCUUUCAUCGGUCACGUGGUUUCCGGAGCGUACAUCGUGGUCGCACUGCUGGUGCUGUCCAUCGUGAUUUCCACCAAGUAUGACAUCAAAAUCGUUGCCGAUCGGGGACAAACUCCAACCCCACUGUCGGCGGGUUUACUAGACCAGGAUGUGGAAGAAUUUCUUCCGGAGAUCAACGAAGCCAACGAGUCCCUGCUAAAACAAAUCGGCGAGGAAGCGGAUAUCAGUGCCGUCUACAAGACGGACAGCACCAUCAGCGAGCGGAAGGGCCCCGGUGACAAGGAUGAUGAUGACGACGAUGACACCUAUUCGGAUUUGCUGAUCCCACAGAGCAGUAUUAAAGAGUUAGACGAAGCCGACGAAGAAGAGCAGUCCAACGCGUCCAGCAGCGACGAGUUGUUGCUCGGUAGUGGCGACCGACAGAACCAAUCCAGUGCCGGUACCUCAUCCGGUGGGGAGAUCAGGUUCAAGAGUGGCCAUUUCAAUGCAAACACUUCCUCCGAUUCUGACGACAGCAUUUCGCGGGGUUUGAGCUUCGACGACGUACCCGAUAGGGCGGGUAGUAAGAAGCGAACCCACGCUCACCCGCAGCAACCGCAGUAUCAGCUGCUGGAGCAACGACCUCAGCAGCAGGAUCAGCUCGCUAGUUUAGCCGGGAGUUUGCUGACGGGCGGGGUGCUUAGUUAUUUAACCUCAGCCGUGGCGAACGCUUCGACGAUGAGCCAGUCGCAUCCGGCUCCGAGCCUCAGCAGGCACCCCAACCGAAUGACGGUUUCCUCGACAAGUGGCGAUAGACGUGCUAUUGGGGACUCGACCGACGAGGACGAAGAUAGCGACUUUGAAAUGCUGAAUCCAGACGAGCUAAACAACGUAUAAGGCGUGGUUGCAAAUGCAAGGUACUUUUAUAUUAACCUCACAGGUGAUCCUUUUUACUCGAGCGACAGUGAAUUAUAUUUGUUUAUGUAUACCUACCUCGUUUCAUAAAAUUAUCAAACCACAAUUAUCAAUGGGUUGAUCAACGUUAUGAUUAACUAAUUCUGAUUUUGAGUUUAUUUCUUUAAUAUUGACGUUAUUGUUAAAUGCGUAAAAACGUAUUUUUUAAAUAUUAGUUUUGUUUUUGUUGAAAGUGAGUUGCACAAUAAAAUGACGCAUAUACUUUUUGACUUUCUUUUUGGAGCCCUUUGGCCAUUAUCUAGCCAAAUUAAAUGUACGGCACUUUAAUGUGUUUGGAUUAUUUUCAUUAACCAAAAAAUGUAUAUUGCGUUAUGCCGUAUACCCACGUUACGUUACUUUGUGUGAACACGUCGGUACUGUGGAACUUAUUCUAUGCAAUUUUUGAAAUCUAAUUGUUGAUAAUUCAGUGCAUUGAUGCAAAGUAGAUUGAACUGCGAGCUUAUUUCGAAUAGAAAUAUGUGACGCUCCUUAAAUGAGGAAAGAUUUGUCUUUUGGGGACUAUUGCUCCUAUUUAGAUUAUUUAUAAGGAACAUCUAUUAGCUACGUAAUGGUUUUUAUGAGAAGCAUCUAAAACGUUUAUAUGAAUAAUUACGGUUCUAUAAAUUCCCCAGCUUUGUGACGUAAUUAAUUAAUGUUCCCUCAACGUUACUUGUAAAAAUAGCCUUUUUAGGUUUGUCCUAUUUCUUCCAGGUGGGUUUUUAUGACCAAUUACGCUCAAAUUUUGCCUGAAAAAUCUUUGUAUGUCAUUGAAUGUUGUGGCCGAAUUUGAGAAUGUUUGAAUUGAAAAACAUUAAUAAUGAUAGGUCAUUUUCUCUUAUAUGGUGUUUGAUGAUUAUUUCUAAUUGUUUCAUACCAGAUGCUCACUUUCCAUUGAUAUAUUCACUGCCUCAGCAAAUGAUCACCAACUUUGACUUAUGUAAAUAAUUGUCCAAUAUCCUUCCUUAUCAUGUACGUUUUCCAUUACCUUCCCGUAUACCAUUAUCCCUAUCUACAGUACCAUUUGAGUAAUAAUUAGACAAAAGAAAAGUAGAAAUGAAAUGUUGAACGUGUUUAGCAUUCAUAGUAUAGAGACCCCGCAUAGCGAACGAUGAAACGAUAUCAUAGCAUUUCUGGUUAGUUUACCAUCCGGCCUGUACACCUGAAGAUCAGAACAAAACCUUGCUACCGAUGUGCUACCAUCAAGGAGGAAGCACAGCAUGUUGUAGUAAACAGAAAGUAAAACGGAACUAGUCCCUACGAUGUUUUAGAUUUUAACCGAUUCCACAAAACAGAAGAUCGCGAACAUUGAUUUUGGCAUCGUACACAGCCCACCAUUACACCAAUCCGUAAUAGGCAGUUUAGAGUGCUCUGAAGAAGUAGAGCAAACUACGAUAGUGUAAACUCAACUACCACCAACCACAAUGCUACCUAGAAAUCAUGCUUUAUAAGUCUUCUAUGAUGAUUGGUGAAUUUGAUUCACUAAGAAUUUGAAAAAAAAAGUUGUCACGCCCCAGAGAAACGAAUAUUAAGUUAAUUGUAGGCAGUUCAGGAGGCAGUAAAUUACUACAAUUUUCACGGUAAAAACAGUCAAUUUUCCUUGCUUAUAAACAUUAGUUAUAAUGACCUGAUCUGAUUAAAAAAAAAACUGUGUUUCUUUCCUAAAUUUAUCUGAGAAUUUGCAAUCAUACUUACGUUAUAUUACGAAUGAUUGAAAUUCAAUCAUAGGAUAUGACUAUCUAAAUUUUAACAUACCUAGUUACUUUAUUUGGGUUUUUCCCUUGAUUUUUUGGUUUGAUUAAUUGAUUGUUAGGCUAAGUUUACUGAAAACUGAACUACUUGAACGCUGUAUUGCUUAUGUGUGGACGUUCUCUGAAAAUAUUUCUAAUGUUGAAAAGAAAUGCGUCAAGUGUCAUAAAAUAUAGGAAUUAUUAGAAAAGACAUGCACACUGCAAAGAGAAUUGUGAUUGUAGGCGGGACAACUUAAAGAAAAUAAGGAAAAAUAAUAUUUAUAAAUAAUAUUACUGUGUGUGAUAUGAUUUUACUAUACUCUACAUACAUAAAUGCAUAAAUUGUGUACCCGUAACGACUAUUGUGACGUAAAUGAAUAAACAUCUACUCGUGAUGAAUGGAAUAGUGAAA